CUCGCCUCCUCUCUUCUCCUCGCUCACUGCGCUCUCGUCCUCGGCGCGGCUUGUGUCUCUGCCUACUCCCCGUGCGUAAGAGCGCACCGAUGGAUGUAUGUAAGGCGAUGCACGCCCGCAGAAACGCCAGACCCGAGCCCGCGGACGCCUUCGAGAGGAGACAGCUGCGCAAGGCAGAGAGCGCGUUGGAAAGCAGUUGGUUCGAUUAAAGUCGAUUUUUUUUUCAUUUAUUUUUUUUCCUGCGCGUUUAUGUUGUUGUUGUUGUUUUAAAUUAUCAUUAUUUAUUUAUUUUUUGGAUUAUGAAAUGCUAAUAAAGAUGUUCAUCCGCGCGGAUGACGGUGCGUUGCUGUUUGGAUGUGCGUCCCUGGACUUUUCAGCGUAUCAUGACCGCGCGCCUUCCCCCCUCUCUCCAAGUCUGUUCGUUUCUGCGUGAAGUUGCCCGGCGGAGAGGAGAGCACCAUGAGGGGGAAAUACUUUCUCCUCGGCUUCUUGUUGCUCAAACUUAUGGCCCUGGUGUGCAAGGCUGACGGGGAGCCGGGACUGCUCGGGGGCUUCGUCAUGAUCGCCACCUCCAACGGCUCCCGGGAGGAGGAGAGCGUGUCCGAGGAGACCCCGCACACGGAGGACAAGUGCCGGGGUUACUACGACGUGAUGGGCCAGUGGGACCCGCCGUUCAUCUGCAAGACGGGCAAUUAUCUGUACUGCUGCGGCACCUGUGGCUUCCGCUUCUGCUGCUCCUACAAGCACUCGCGGCUGGACCAGAGCACCUGUAAAAAUUACGACACCCCGGUGUGGAUGAAGACCGGGCAGACACCCUACAAAAAAAUGAACAAGCUGCACGACAGCACCAAAGACAAGACGAACUUAAUCGUCUACAUCAUAUGUGGAGUAGUGGCCAUCAUGGCCCUUGUGGGGAUUUUCACCAAACUGGGGCUGGAGAAGGCGCACCGGCCUCAGAGGGAGAACAUGUCCAGGGCCGUCGCCAGCGUGCUGCAGGGCGGGUGUCCAGGUGAGCAGUAUCGGGGGGAGGAGGCCCUUGGGAUGCAUUCCCAGCAUUUUGUUUCCAGGGCCACAAACCUCCAGGGUGGUCAGAUCAACAACAACGUUGGACCGGGCGCAAACAUGGGCCAGCAGCACCCUUACCCUGCUCUCAGCCAGCUGGCUCACGUCUAUGAACAGCAGCAACAGCAGCAGCAGCAGCAACAGCAGCAGCAGCAGAACAAGGAUAUCAACAAGUACGCCUCCCUGAAGGCUGUGGCUGCCAAGUACAACGGUGAGAUCUACAAGCGCCGGCUGAUGGUGGAGCUGCCGACAAAAGGCGGGCUUCCUCUCCAGCCCAUGGGCAACUCCAGACCAUCCAUGGGCAACAUGUCGUCGAUGACCCCUCCGAUGACCAACCCCAUGGCUUCUAACCCAAUGACCUCCAAUCCCAUCAACCCCGCCAUCACCCAGAUGACCUCCAUGACCCCAAUGACGUCGAUGAUACCAAUGACUUCUAUGACACCCAUGACCUCUUUGACACCCAUGACCUCUAUGACACCCAUGACCUCCAUGACACCCAUGACUUCCCUCACCCAAAUGUCCUCCAUGACCCCCAUGACCUCCCUGGGUCCACUGGCUCCAGAACCAGUGGCCACCUAUGUCACUGAGAUGCCCAGAGUCUCCUCCGUUUCAACCCUCCCGACAGAGCGGCACUUGGCCAGCGGCGGAGGAGGAGUGGGACUCAAGCCAAAUGGCCACAAACCCAAAGGCAGCCACGGUCACGUUGCCCACACCUCUCACACCUUACACUCCUCUCACACCUCUCACACCUUACACACCACUCACAGCUCUCACAGCUCUCACCCUCAUGCUCAUAGCCACAGUAGCAAGCCGCCAGGACUCGGGGCUACCUCCCUGGCACACAUGGCAGGGACAAUGCCAGGUGGCACGUCCCUGGGCAUCUCUAGGGCUGCACAGGCCGUCAUUGGCCCAAGCUCAGCUACAAUGGGCCGCCCAUUGGCAUACAGUUCCAACACAAUUGCGGCCGGGCAUGCAAUGGGGCUUGGGCUGAAAGGCUGGGAUGGGACUGAGACCGUGGGCCGGAGGAAGUCUUACGGGCACAAGCGGCCUCAGUGUACCGUUCUGGAGCCCAACCAGCUCCACAGCACCAGAGGCCAAAGCCACAGCCAACACUUCCUCCCCACACAGCCCUACUUUGUGACCAACAGCAAGACAGAGGUGACUGUGUGAGAGAGGAAGAAAAGGGGGAAAAGGAUGCAUGUGGAGUGGUGGCACAAGUAAUGUCAUGAGUUGAGACACCAACUCCUGGGGUGGUCGAAGGUGCAGGUCUAUGUGUGUGUUCUUGUGGCUCGUUGGUAUACUGGUGAAUGUGCUGGGACAGUGACACUGUGUCCGAGUGGUCCUCGUUUCACAAACAGAGUUCACCAAUCAAAUCGCUGAAUAGACCCUUGUUGUCAAGAGGAUGGCGUCCAAGCUGGUGGCAUCUGUAACCAUAACUUCAAACAGCCUACAGAGCAGGGAUGUCUGUACACUUGAGUGUUGUCUCACAGCUACUGUUCGGCAAUGAUAACAAUAUCUGAGUAUUACACACAGAUGACAAAGCGAGAGACUGCUGAUGACAAAAUGGAUUGGCAUUAUAAACCAAACCUGAGAAGCAAUACAAGGGAUCAAGUGUAAAGCACCAAAGCAUCUUGGUAAGGAAAUACAGCAAGUUUACCAACAGACCUUGCAACAAAAGUUCUGCUCAUCUGGUUUGGAAGGAAUGACAUUCCCUCAUGAUUCACCCCCAAAUCUCCCGAGGGCUUUGAAACAGACACACACGAUGAGGGCGCUUGGCUUUGGACUGCAGACAUACAGGGCUUUGUACUGUGGCUAUUCAGAAGCGCCUUCUUGAGCUCUGCAGCUGAAGGUCGCCCUUUUCCGCAAGGCUCCAGGACAGAGAAUGGAGGCUGUCACACUGGCAUUGUUCUUGUCUGAUCUCGUCUGUGUGGUGACAGCUGGCCCAGAGAAGGGAUAAGGAGGCAGCAUCUGGAUGAUGCUGCAGCUAGCAGAGGCUCCUCCGAGCAUGAUUCUCGCGCACACACACACACACACACACACACACACACACACACACACACACACCAACAUGCACAUCAGCACAUUCAUGCACAUGCAGACACAUGUUUCAACACACACACACACACACACACAAACAUAAACAUAAACUGUAGAAAUACACCAGGGUUUGACCAUUAUGAGAUUUUAAAGAGAGAUACCAAGCAUUUUAGAAUGAAUUUACAGAUGGGUGAUAUUUUGUUCAUUUUUACAUAUUUGUUAUCUUUAGUCCACUAAGUCAGAAUGACUCCAUUAAAUAACAGGGUACAGUUUUUGAAUACAUAUUUAGUUUUAAAUUACAAAAAAAGGUUGCACAAUAAAAGGAAUAGUUUGAUGUUUUUUGCUUGCUUGCCAAGACUCAAAUGAUAAGAUUGAUACAAUUUUAUUGUCUGCAUGUUAAAGGGUAACUUCAACAAUUAUACACAUUAAUGUGUGUUUACAGGUACUACUGCAUGUGUGAAAAAAGUAGCUCAAAGCCUUUUGUGGCUCCAGAGGAAGCUGCAUGUAAUCAGAUAAACUGCCUCCAGUGAUGUCACCCAGUUGCUAGGUUGCACUGUGGGUAAUGUAAGUGCAGGAUAGCCAGUCAAUGAUCAAAUGAUCAGAAUUGAUGAAACAGAACCAGCGUGAUCACCUUUUAUAUUCCACAUGAUCUUCUUUUUUCAAAACCUGGCACCUACAUUACCCAUAAUGCAACUUGGGUGGCAAUUUAUCAGAAUCUAUGCAGUUUCCUCUAGAGCCACAAAAGGUCUGAUACUACUAUUUUACUAUGCAGUGGUACUCCCCAAGACCAGUAGACACACUAGUAUGUAUAAAUUAAUGGAGUUAUUCUUUGAAUAUGUAGCUACCACCAGCAGUCAGUUAGCUUAGCUUAGCACAAAGACUGGAAACAGGGGAAACGGAUAGCAAAUUCUGCCUAAAAGCACCUCAAAGCUCACUAAUUAAUAUAUUAUAUCUGGUUUGUGGCUGUCACGACGUGUCAUGUCAGACUAUUUCUUAUUUGGAGUAACUUCCUGGAGGCUUGCCAGGCUAUAUUUUUAAAGAAUACAUAAAUAAUGCUCAAGUAAAUCUGUUUUAAUGUAGCAAUCAUCACACUGGAUGCAGAAUAAAUGACUGAAUUAACAGAAAAAA